CUCGGGUAUUUCUGUUAUGAAGUUCAGUCACUUGACAUCAUAUGGAGGAGAAAGUUAGCACAGAAAUAAGGGAUCGCUCUUAGCAAGAUGCAAGCACAAGAGUGCAGUGAUUGGUCACCCAAGGGAGAACCCCAAAAGAUACCUGGUUUCCAGUGUAUACUUCGAAAUAUGCCUGACCCAAUUACAGCUCGAGAGAGUAUCUGGCUGCCGUUCAUGGAAUCAGAACUCCGUUGCGAUGAGCAGACUAUCAUUAUUGGACAUAGUUCUGGUGCUGCUGCUGCCAUGAGGUAUGCAGAAACUCACAAGGUGUAUGCAAUCAUUUUAGUGUCUGCUUAUGUUUCUGACUUGGGAGAUGAGAAUGAAAGAGAGAGCGGAUACUUUAACCGACCUUGGCAAUGGGAGAAGAUCAAGGCUAAUUGUCAUCGCAUUGUGCAGUUUGCUUCCACAGAUGAUCCUUUUCUUCCCUGGAGCGAGCAGCAGGCAGUGGCCAAUGAGCUCAACACAGAGCUAUACAAGUUCACAGACAGGGGCCACUUUCAGAGCAGUGAAUUCAAUGAGCUAAUAAGUGUGAUCCAGGGAAUACUCAACAGUGCUGCUUAAAGCAGGGCAUUUUGUAUUUCCUUACCUUGGGGGCGGGAGCUGCAGGCUGUAUUUCCGACUGAGCAAUUUGACAGCAAAGAUCUAGAGCAGUGGCUUUCAAACAUUUUUUCUGGGGACCCAGCUGAAGAAAAUUGUUGAUGCCUGCAACCCAACAGGGCUAGGG